AUCUCAUGGAAGAAGGAAAACAUAUAGGAAUUAUCAGCUUCAACAUUCUACCAUUAACGCUUUCUAUUCUACACCUUCCAAUUUGGACUAUCAAGCUAGCUGAUCAAAUUAUGAACAUCCCUCGUUGCUUCCUAGCUGGCUAGGCACUGAUCUCAUUCUCUGCCAUUAGCCUCACGUUUGUUUGAAUGGUUUGCAUGCCCGAAUUUCCAGUCAAAGAAGCCUCAAUAUCUUACAAGCCAAUUAACGCUAUAAAUACCCACAUGGACUCCUGCAUACUCCAUUAUCGAUCUCAUACACUUCCUUGCACCAACAAAGCAUCAGUUUGAUCUCUAGCUAGAUAUAAAGUAUUUGUUAAUUUGUUUUUUACGUUAAUUAACAUGGCAACCACGCUCAAAUCUCUCAGCUUCUUUGUCAUUCUUUUGAUGGUGAACUCCCUCUUCUUCACUGGGACUACUGAAGCCCGUCCCUUCAACAUCAUGAAGUCAGGAAACUCUGCUGCUAGCAGAGGUACUGAGAGUUUCUUUGAUGGGUUAUCACUUGGAGGAAUUAAGGAGGGUCCAAGUCCUGGUGCAGGACAUGAGUUUACAAACAGUGGCACACUUGGAGGAAUUAAGGAGGAGGGUCCUAGCCCGAGUGCAGGACAUGGGUUCACCAGCAGUGGAACACUGGGAGGGAUUAAGGAGGGUCCAAGUCCUGGUGCAGGACAUGGGUUCACCAACAGUGGGACACUUGGAGGAAUUAAGGAGGGUCCAAGCCCUGGUGUAGGACAUGGGUUCACCAACAGUGGAACACUUGAAGGAAUUAAGAAAGAGGGUCCUAGCCCUACCAACAGUGGGACACUAGGAGGGAUUAAGGAGGGUCCAAGCCCUGGUGCAGGACAUGGGUUUACCAACAGUGAGACACUUGGAGGGAUUAAGGAGGGUCCUAGUCCUGGUGUAGGACAUGAGUUCACCAAUAGUGGAACACUAGGCGGUAUUAAGGAGGGUUCUAGCCCUGUGUAGGACAUGCGUUCACCAACAGUGGAACACUUGGAGGGAUUAAGGAGGGUCCAAGCCCGGGUGCAAGGACAUGGGUUUACCAACAGUGGAACACUUGGAGGAAUUAAGGAGGGUCCAAGCCCUGGUGCAGGACAUGGGUUUACCAACAGUGAGACACUUGGAGGGAUUAAGGAGGGUCCUAGUCCUGGUGUAGGACAUGAGUUCACCAAUAGUGGAACACUAGGCGGUAUUAAGGAGGGUCCAAGCCCUGGUGUAGGACAUGCGUUCACCAACAGUGGAACACUUGGAGGGAUUAAGGAGGGUCCAAGCCCUGGUGCAGGACAUGGGUUUACCAACAGUGCGACACUUGGAGGGAUUAAGGAGGGUCCUAGUCCUGGUGUAGGACAUGAGUUCACCAAUAGUGGAACACUAGGCGGUAUAAGGAGGGUCCAAGCCCUGGUGCAGGACAUGGGUUUACCAACAGUGGAACACUUGGAGGAAUUAAGGAGGGUUCUAGCCCUGGUGUAGGGCAUGGGUUCACAAACAGUGGGACACUUGGAGGAAUUAAGGAGGGUCCAAGUCCUUGUUGUGGAAACAAAUACACUACUGGCACCAAGCAUUGACUCAUAUUUAGCCACAACAAAUAUUUGAGUUAUUCUUUUGUUAUUUAAUAUUUGAUAUAUCUUCAUUUUUUAUUUAUAGAUUAUUUAUUUUCUUUUUUGAAAUUUUAUGAUUUAUCAUGUAAUAGAGGUUUUAUAAAAUGUGAAUCGCUAAAAUGUCAAAUUAAUACAUACAACUUAUUA